AAAAACUGUUAAAAAAGAAACGAGUUUUCAAUCAAGAUUUCAAAGUGCAUAGUUUCAGUGGUUUCCUAAUUUCGGAAUGAUUAUGAUGAUCCAGAAGAUGAUCGUGACGAAAAUGAUCACGAUGAUGAUGUAAUUCGAGUAGCGUAAGCGAAACGUGUGUCGGAGUUUAAGAGGGCGGCUUCGUGGAACGUCUCAAAGUGAGAGCAACCGGGAGAGCUGUGACAGUCAAGAGGGCGAACACGGCAGGCGCGCGCGCGAGCGUGGGAGGAGGGGUGAGUCGGCGCGCCGAAACAGCCAUAGGAAGUCCUCGCGAGCGACAGAAAGGAGGAAGUUCAGCACUCGCAACCGCCCACAAACCUCGCGUCCCACUCCUAUCUCAGAGCACCUCCACGUCACUCGAAAGCCACCGCCGCCAACACUUUAGGUUUCCGUUUGCAAGGGGAGGGUUUGAAAGAGAGAGGGAGGGGGGAAUUCUCCCAUCCGCUCCGCCGUGACGCAACGGUGAAAGCGCUGCAGCGAACGCAGCCGUCUCUACUUUCGAUUAGACGGGCUUUCCGACGGAGGGUUUCUCUCGUGGACGAUAUAAACCGAGGCAGGUAUCAUGGAGCUCUCAGAAUCAGCCAGAGGAGCUCAGGGAGCGCAGUCGGUGGAUACUUGGCGUGACUCUCCGCGAGCAACUCGGUUGAAGACGACUCGACGCGACUCAUCGAGACUCAGUGAACGCGAUCGCGCCGUCGUCGUGGGUCACCGUCGUAGCGGCAACUUCUACCGCCAGCACUCACCAAGAGGAGCGGAAUGGAAGCUCGCGGGUCGUGCACGCUCCUGCUCUGCCUCGUGGCCGGAAUGGCCCUGCAGGCGAGCGCCAGGGCGACGGGAAUGGACAUCUGUACGUCCGGAUUUCUGAGCACCGAGCACAUGAAGAAACUCGUGAAGGUCGUGAAUAAAGUUCCAGAUGAUCAGCACAACUUCAGGAUCCUGCCCAACACGGACGAAAUGCGUCACCACGUGCUGAAGCAAGACGAGGCCAGCGUGUGCCUCUUCCGCAAGGCAGUGGCCGAGCUGUACGUGGCCGCCUUCAACGCAGCGGGAACUCUGCACUUCAUGAACAAUGGGGAAGCGAGGAAGGAGCGCGGUACAUUUCACAGCUUCGUUCAACCCAGCUGCGGAACGACGCAGGAAGGCGAACAGGACGCCACAUUCAAGAAAAUCAUGGCAAGACUCGCUGAUGCCAAACGCAAGGUGAGUUUUACAAGUCCCUGCAGUAACAACGCGCACACGGGAACGCGUCCUAGAGGAUUUACGUGGUCAGUCAAUUGCCUGCAGUCCGUCACCGCAAUUGGCCGAACGGCGUGGCGGGAAUACUCAAGGGUCUCACCGUGUCCGCCCGCGUGUUCUUCCCCGUCGACGCAGAUUCCCUCGGACGAGGCGAUGCUCCGCAAGGUGCUCAGAGAGACGGAGCUGCUGCCCAUCGCGUGCACGGAGCGCGCGGAUCGCGAGAAGCCGUCGGGCGGUCGGCGCAGAGGCGGCGGCGGGAAGCGGCAGUGGAGAGUGCAGAAGCCGCACCUCGCAAAGCACCAGCGCAGAAUCUCGUGGCAGUGAGCCGCCCUCCGUCGCCGCUGCUGCUGCUGUGCCAACACCCAGGAGUGUACAUUCGAAAAUGCGUCCACGCCCGGCGAACCACAUCAAGUAUACCUCUCGUUGUGCCUGCGCUUGACUCGGCACGUGUAACGUGUGGAAGGUUGCCACCUGUCACGGUGUUCCCGAAAUCGCCCUCCUUUUGAGGUGCAGCUGUCUCGCAGAGUCUCGAAUUCCCACCGGAACAUCGCACGUGGCGGUGUUGCGUGAGUGGCGCGGUAACGCGCAUCUCACCGUAGCGCCACGACGCUCUGGUACCACCCCUCCCCCCCCCCCCCCCCUGCUUGAGGGGUCGUCGUGAGACUUUUUUUUCUCUCUUUGACGAGAUUCGUGCCGGGGGCUUUUUUUACGCCUUUGUGGAUCACCGAGGUGGCAACACCCCCCCACGCUACCCCAGUCACGUGCCUUGCCUGCCAGUCACGUGCCUUGCCAGCCAGUCACGUGCCUUGCCUGCCAGUCACUUGCCUUGCCUGCCAGUCACGUGCCUUGCCUGCCAGUCACGUGCCUUGCCUACCAGUCACGUGCCUUGCCUGCCAGUCACUUGCCUUGCCUGCCAGUCACGUGCCUUGCCUGCCAGUCACGUGCCUUGCCUACCAGUCACGUGCCUUGCCUGCCAGUCACUUGCCUUACCUGCCAGUCACGUGCCUUACCUGCCAGUCACGUGCCUUGCCUGCCAGUCACGUGCCUUGCCUGCCCAGUGCUCCCAGCGAGCCAGAGGACCCGCGACGCGGAGUCGAACCCUGGACUCGUGGGUGCCGGACAGGGGGUUCGAAGCGGGCUCCCAGCUGUGCUCGCUGAGCGAUACGUUCGCCAGACGCGCAUUGUUCAAAACCAUUUCUGAGUUAUUGUCUAUUUAUUAAGUACAGUGUUAAUAUUUAUUUAUAGCUAUGAGCCGUUGAUGAAACAUAUCGACACGUGUUUAAAUUUGAACAUUUCUACCAUAUGUUUAUGCUAAUUCACGAACAUGUACAUUUAUUUAUGAUAAUUUAGUGAAUUGUUUAAACAAUCCUAUUUAUUGUCUACGCAUUAAAUACAGUUACUAUUUAUUAAUUGCAUUGUUACUGUUUAUUAAGUUUUGAUCCGAUGUAUUUAUGAAGUAUGGUAACUAUUUAUGGUUUACAGUAUUACUAUUUAUCAUGUCUUGAGCCGAUGAUGAAUCGAAUUGCUUUUAAUGUUUUUUUUAGUUUAAAAUUUCGAUCGAGUAGUCAAGAUUAUAUUGAUUAAUUUAUGAAGAAUUAUUGUUGUGAGACAUCUGUGAUAACUUAAGCUUAUUUAUGUUUAUUUUUUUACAUUUAUUUAUAUCGUACACUGCCUGCGACGGGGGUGUACGAUCGCGCUGACAAGAGGGGUAUGAUGAUGACGACGAUGAUGAUGAUAAUGAGUUGCUGCUGCUCGCGCUGAGCGUCUCGUCGCAAUAAACACUGCAUCCGCUUUCUCUGUCGCGUCUCCUCCUCCUCCUCGGUGCGACCAUGCCGAGUCGGUGGCCCAGCGAUAUUGGCCACGAGGCGAGACCAGUGGAGUCGGCAAACAACAUGGGGCCUCCUUAAAGGCCCGUCGCCUCGUGGUUUGCCGACCGCCAGGACUAGACAGUUGUCUAUGAGACAGUCGCCUGUUAGAUCCGUAACUUCAUGGGACCUCCCUUGCCAGUAUCAAAAUAUAAUGAUAAUAAGUGUUAUUUCUUUAUGGCAAUGAAACCGUUGUGUUAAGAUGCUAAAACGCUAAACAGAAACCUUUCGCAAGGAAUCAUGUCUGCAUUCACCACAUAUACUUGUGGUGAACAUGCAAACACAAAAAA